UAUGUUGUGAAGAGUAUGGAUGUGUCAUUUAGUGGCAUAUUGAGCUUUAUUGAAGCUGCGACGAUUGAAAAGCUUAAAAAUAAUGAGUGCACACCUGCGGACCUAUGCUACUCAUUGCAGGAAACUAUCUUUGCCAUGCUUGUCGAAAUUACUGAAAGUGCCAUGGCACACUGUGAUUCAAAGGACGUUCUUAUUGUUGGUGGCGUCGGUUGCAACGAACGUUUACAGGAGAUGAUGAAGAUUAUGUGCUCAGAAAGAGGGGGUAGGCUGUUUGCAACUGAUGACCGCUAUUGUAUAGACAAUGGGGCAAUGAUUGCAUAUACUGGUUUACUGGCAUAUGCACAUGGCAUGACCACUCCCCUUGAGGAGUCGACAUUUACACAAAGAUUCCGAACUGAUGAAGUUCAUGCAAUUUGGAGAGAGAAGGAGAUGCCGGUGCUAAAUAACACCCAUUCAGAUGCAAUUGCUGAAGUUUCUAUAGAUGAAGCCUCCAUGGCGACACCAAUCGUUAUAGAUUACUGAGGUAUAAUUGGCCUUUACAAUUUUGUCUUGCUGCUAAUGUUUUUGCAUGAUAGCUAAUGCAAUUUGGAUUGCUGGAGACAAUCGCUACCAAUUACUCUCCCUCUAUUCCAAACUCUAAGACAUUUUGCUUUUCUAGAUGCAUAGUGUUUGCUAUGACCCUGUUUGGAACCUCUAGAGCUAAUACUGCUAAAAUUAGUUGUAUAGGUUUCAAACACCCACAACUAAUAUCCCAAUUAUUUGUUAGCUAACUCACAGCUAACAAUUAGUUCAUUAGCUGACUCAACCCAGCUAACAAUUUGUUAGCUAGCUAACUAAUAUCUCUAGGGGUUCCAAACAGGAACCUAUGUACUUAGGUGUACACUAUGUCUGGAUAUAUAU